AUGAGUGAGGUUGGUUUUUUAAAACGUUUUUCUUCAGAAAAAAAUUUGAUUUUUCAGACAAACGUUCCCACAAUGAACGCAACGGAUAACGCCGUUGCACAAAAUUUAGCUGUUGAUGAAACUCCAGCUCAACAUCAUGUCGAUCAAGACUCGUCCAUCGAAUAUGAUGUCAUCGCUGUUCUUUCGACUAUCUUGGAGCUAACUGAAGAUGAAUCUGGAGCUGAUGAAUCUGGUGCAAAACCCAAUGAUUGUUCAAAAUCACCGAAUAAUGAAAGUUCAGCGAAAUCACCAAAUCUGAGAGCUUUCUUGGAAUAUGAGGGAGAAUUUGGACCCGGGCACGCUUUGGAGCAGCCGACAACGAACAACGUUAGUUUUUUUUUUGCAAUUUCUUCAAAAUAAUAUCAAAUGACCGGAAAUUUUUAUUAGAAAAUUGCAUUGAAUUAAAAAUUAUGAGAAUGUUUUUUUUAAUUUUUGAAUUUUCAAAAAAGACUCACAAAGAAUCAUUUUUCAAUUUUUUUUCCAAAGUUUUGCGGAAUUUCAAAUUUUCAUUGAAAAUUCAAGAAAAUGCAAAAUUUGAUUUACAGAUUGAAGUUUGAAAUUUUUAAAACACUUUUGAAACUAACUUGAGAAAAAAACUUACUAAUUUCAUAAAUAUAAAUCCACUCUUUCAGAAGUUUCCAAUCGGCGAGAACCCAGUCGAAAUGACGGUUAUUAAUGAGCGAAGCUGUGAAUUCAGCUACGAAGACUUUUCGGAGCAGCGCCGGAUUUUAAGACAAAUAAGAGCGGGAAUAACUUCGGAUUCCGAUUCGAGAAGUCUCACACCAGAUUAUGAUGAUACACCAGCUCAAUCGAUUUUGAUGGAACCGACACCAAAGCCAGCCAAUUGCAGAAGAAAGCUCGUUUUCGAGAAGAAUGUUGGAAGUGGAGAAUGUGAGACAUCACCAAAACCGCGCACAUCUCAAGAAGACGAUAUUGUCGAAAAUGUAGCUUGUGAUAUUCCACCAUCUGAAGAAUUUGUAUCGAAAAAUGAUGAUGAAAUUGUUGAUGGAUCUGGAAAAGUUGGAAAUUCAUCAAAACCGAAAGUAUGCCAAAAUCCAGUGCCAUCCGGUUCGAAUAACUCACAACGAAUUGAUAUUCCACGAGCCCAUCCAAACAACAGCCAACGCAUUCAGGUUAGUUUUUGAUUUCAAUAAUUCCAGAAAUAUUUUUCAUCAACUUUUUUCUCCAAAUAUAAAUUCAUUUCAUUUUUCAGAACGAAACGAUUCGCCCAACUAAUGAACCGGAUACCGUCGCGAUUAAAAUGGCUGAGAAAACAAUUCCAGUAGCUGGUCGAAAAUUUAAGGUUUUCAAAGAUGCGGAGGAUUAUGAACUCGACAGCGAUUCAUCGGAUUCGCUAGUCGAAAUGAGAAUUCCAUCGCAAAGACCAACAGUUCAUCAAGAAAAUUCGAAAAUGGAUGAUUCAACUGGAAAUCAUGAGAAUUUGAAAUCGGAUGAAAGUUGUGAUGUCAGCUCAGCGGACUCGCCAAAUUUGCGAGCGUUUUUGGAAUAUGAGGGAGAAUUUGGUCCCGGACACGCUUUGGAGCAGCCGACUCAGAACAACGUUAGUUUUUUUUUGCAAUUUCUUCAAAACAAUAUCAAAUGACCGGAAAUUUUUAUUAGAAGAUUUGCUUCGAAUGAAAUAUUAUGAGAAUUUUUUUUUUGAUUUUUUGAAUUUUCAAAAAAGAUUCACAAAAAAUCAUUUUUCAAUUUUUUUUCCAAAGUUUUGCGGAAUUUUAAAUUUUCAUGGAAAAUUCAUGAAAAUGCAAAAUUUGAUUUUCAGAUUGAAGUUUGAAAUUUUUAAAACAUUUUUGAAACUAACUUGAGAAAAAAACUUACUAAUUUCAUAAAUAUAAAUCCACUUUUUCAGAAGUUCCCAAUCGGCGAGAACCCAGUCGAAAUGACGGUUAUUAAUGAGCGAAGCUGUGAAUUCAGCUACGAAGACUUGUCGGAGCAGCGCCGGAUUUUAAGGCAAAUUCGAAAAGGAAUCACUUCGGAUUCCGAUUCGAGAAGUCUCACACCAGAUUAUGAUGAUACACCAGCUCAAUCGAUUUUGAUGGAACCCACGCCAAAGCCAGCCAAUUGCAGAAGAAAGCUCGUUUUCGAGAAGAAUGUUGGAAGUGGACAAUCUGAGACAUCACCAAAACCGCGCACAUCUCAAGAAGACGAUAUUGUAGCUUGUGAUAUUCCACCAUCUGAAGAAUUUGUAGCGGAAAAUGUUGAUGCAUCUGAAAAAGCUGGAAAUUCAUCAAAACCGAAAGUAUGCCAAAAACCAGUGCCAUCCGGUUCGAAUAACUCACCACGAAUUGAUAUUUCUCGAGCCCAGCAAAACAACAGCCAACAACAUCAGACGAUUACUGGACUGUCGCCGAAUCCAUCAGAAAAUCGACAAGAUACUCCAACCAGUUCUACGCCAAUUCCAUCACAUGAAUACGCACCGUCGACCAACAGUGCAGAAAUAGAUUCUGGAAAAAUGGAGAAAAAUGUUGAAAAAUCAGCUGGAAACCGAGAUGAUACAGUCGGUCAGAAAACACAACCGCGAAAGACUCUUUUUAGUGUUAGUUUUUUUUUCAAAAUUUUUUCCGAAAUAUUUUUCGAAAUCUGAUGAAAAUCGGGAACUUUUUCGAUCAAUUAUUUUUUGGAAGAAGUUUCUUAGGAAGUAUUGAAAAUUUCAGAAAUUAGAAAAUUUAAAUUGAAAAAAAACGUACCUUUUUUCAGACUACGAACCGUACGGCCAGAGAACAACUUAGAGAGAAUAUAAAAUUGCAAUCUCGCCACCGUGAUCCACGAACAAUAAUUCAAAUUCCCGAGCAUGUGUUGCCACCAGAAGAAUGGGCAAUUUGGACAAAAGCGCAAGAUGCAUGGGUAAAAAGAACUGGCUACUUGGAGCACGCUUUCCCACCCGAUGAGCGAGAAUACUAUUGGCAGCCGAUUGAAAAUGUUUCGGAAGAGGAAAAGGUGUUUAUAUUGUUCUGGCACAAACACUAUGCACACUUGAUCCGACCGCUCACACCUUCAUCGCCAACAAAUGCGCAAGUUUUCGAUGCUUCAUCACAAUCUCCACAAUCUUCUCCUCUCGAAUCGCCACCGAGAAACCACACUUUCAUUGAGCAGGAGCCGGUUCAUCGAAAUUUUCCGGUUUUGGAAAAUGGCGAUGUUGACAUUGAUGGAUAUUGUGUUCCCAACGAAAUGUGGCAGAAUUGGAAAGCCGUGCAGGAGAUAAUUGUAAAAACGAGCCCAAAACCCGUCGAAAAACCAACACUUUCACAAUUCGCACCUUCUUGUAGUUCAAAUCCUGCUAUAAUCAUCAGAAAACAUCCAAAUGAAGGUUGCCACACAAUUGCAUUCACCGAAGAAUUAUUCGAAGAUGCGAGAUUCACUGUUAAAGGAUGCAAGAUGGUUGCGGUUGGCAAAUUGAAAAAUACCAUUAUUGACAUCGAGAAGGAUGAAAGUGUGGGAAUUUUACAACGAACUGACACGUUUGCGGCGCUCGAAUCUAUCAUCAGAGCAAAAGUUGAAAAGGAGAUUGAGCAAAAAUUGGUUAAUUAUCGAGGUGCAAAAGUCUCGCCGGAGGCUUAUAAUCAUUUAAUUGCACAAGAUGCAUUGCACAAUUUUGAUAACAUUGAUGAUGAUGAUUUGAUGGCUACCGAACCACAACCAGAAAUUGAAAGAUAUGCUGCUUCACCGUCACCAUAUAUUUCACCAGCUCCAAGACAAGUGGUCAACAGGAAGCGCCGAGCUCGUGAUGCUUCUCCUUCAGAACCAGCCGCCAAAAGAAGACUUCAAGAAGUUGUUGCAGCAAAAAAACCGGCCAGAAGACGUGCUCGAGUUGUUGUGCCACCACCAAGACAACCAAAAGCAUCCAAAAAACCGUCAACACCUGCCAAACCAUCCAUACAUCCUAUGAAGCUUCGAUCUGCAGGCAAAACUCGAACGCAGCCAUCGAAACGUCGAGCAGAUGAUGAUGAUGAUAUUGAUGAUGUUGUUGCCAAGCAACAAAAAAUCGACGAAGCCGACGAAACCGACGAAUCCACAGCUGAAAUCAAGUCAAUUGAAGAGGCAAAAGAGGCUUUGAGUGAUAUGCGGAAUAAAUUGGAUUGUCAUGAUUUCGGGUUCAAAGCAUUAUAUUUGAAUGAAACGCAUAGCAAACUGACCAAGGCUAUCGUUUCAUAUUCCAAAAAGCCCACCGAUGCAUCACUCACGAAGAUUCUCAUCAGAACGAGAAAGCUGAUGGAUGACAUUGAGCGUUUCGCUCAAUGAUUUUUGUGAGUUUUUCCGUUGAAUCUGCAAAUAGAAAUAGUUUUUUUCCAGAUUAUUAUUUAUUCUACUCUCCCCGAUUUGGUAUAAUAGCUCUCCUUCCCAUUAUGAAUGUUGCCUUAUCAAUGCAAAUUGAUAUGAAUCCUUUCCGUCUUGCACCAACCAAUCUCAACCACCGUCAAAUUCAUCUUCCACUUCCAUCAAUUUUCAUUUUUAUAUGUUCUACAUGUGAGUUCUGAAAAUCAAGUUUUUUUUUUGGAAAAAAAAAAGAAAAAAUGAUUGUCCGAGAGAACUACACAAGUGUAUGGUUUUCUAGGCCACGGCCACACAUCAGCAAAUUUAUAAUUUAAAAAAACUGUUUGUUUUCACAUUUCUUCCGAAAAAAAGAGAAAGACAAAUUGAAAAAAUCGAAUUUUACAGAUAAAAUUGAAAUAUUGAUUGAAUUUGACGGUGGGUUCGGGCGUACCUCCGUUAACGACGCGUUGGGAUAUUCGGAAGCUAUCCCUUCGAUAAGUUCACAACAACAACAUCUGCUUCAUCGACCCAAAACAACACUUUUGCCGAAAUAA